CACAAAACUAAAUGUUUCAUGCGUCAAUAGUGAAACUUGUCAAGCACUCACACCAUGUCUGUUAGCAACGAUCUCAUCUGGCAAGUUAUCCGUGAAAACAACCGCUUCCUCGUUAAGCGUUCUGAAUUCGGCGGCAUCCAAUUCAACCGUGAGCCCUUCAACGCUACCGGAAAGAACGCUCAACGUUACUCCGGUCUUAGCAGCGACCGUGCCGUUGGUAUCAACGCUAACAGCCCUCGUGGUGUUGUUAUGGUCACCAAGACCAACCCCAAGAACGCUCAAAAGCCCGCCAAGCUUUUCCGCACUGAUGUUAUUGCUAACAAGUCUUCUCGUAAGACCUACAAGAGCGUUGCUGGCCGCGUUGGCAAGACUGGUUACCGUCCUGACCUUUUGAACGUUGCUAUUGCUCGUUCUUCUGCUAUUCUUGCCUCUCAACGCCCUAAGAAGAACUCUGCUUAAAUGUGGUGGUUGUAGAAAAUAAAAUCUGAGUUCAUGCUUAUUUACCUGUAUUUGUUCAGUUAUUUGUACCUUAUAGAGUAGCAGAAUAAUUGUUCACUUUUAAUAUUUUUAUAUGAAAUUCCC